GAGAGAGAGAGAUAUUAACUGGGAGCAGAGUGAAGACAGAGAAAUAGAGAGAGUGAGCACAGACAGAUAGUCAAGAGUUUUGAUAAAGGGGCUGGAAAUGACUGCUUAACUUUUUAUUCCCCAUUGCAUCAAGAGAUUCAGUCCUUUCCUACAAAAGGAUAUGAGCUGCAACGAGCCAAAACAGACUUAUGUGUCCACUUUUAGGAUACAGCUCACACCUCACAAACAGCUUCGGGGGAACAGCCCUGGACUGCGGGAGCUGGAAAAUGGUCCAGCUGCUGGGACCACCUCAUUGAACACCAGAAUGGACAGGGUAUCUACCACAGAGGACAAGCCAGUCUCUGUCAGGCUACUGGAGGCACCAAAGUUCACAAAACCACUGGUGGACUACUCGGUGGAGGAGGGUGGUGACAUCACACUGCGAGGUGUUAUCACAGGAAGUCUGCCCCUUAAGGUUUCCUGGCUGCACAAUGGUGAUCCUGUACGCUUUGGGAAAUCCAGUUUCGAUGACACUGUGGCAACCAUGGUGGUGCGUGAGUGCUUGCCCGAGGAUGCAGGCACCUACACUUGUGUGGCAGAGAAUAACAGGGGCAAGGCCUCCAGCAGUGCGGCUGUGUGUGUCAGAGACUUAGAGUCAAUCUGUGGGAUCAACGAAAAGAAGUCCACUACUCCUCCCAGCUGCGACCUUGAGAAAAAAAACAAUCUUACUGUACAAAACAACAGCCUCCACAAGGAAAAGAAGACCCCAGAGAUAGUGCAGACACAGAGUCCUACACCCUGGAAAGAGAUCACUCCAAAGAGAAGAAAAUCUUCAGGAGCAGACCCCCCGGUCCAGUUUGAGGAGCUCCCGGAGUUCGUGGAGGUGCGAGUGGGAGAGCAAGCCCUACUGCAGUGUUCUUUUGGCAGCAGCUUCCCUGUGGCCUCCUGCUGGAUCCACAACAAGGCACAGGUAGUAGACAGCCCUCAAACUCAUGUGGAGAGCAGUGAUCAGGGCAGCAGGCUGGUGAUCUCGGAGGUCUCUCCUGAGGACGCGGGCAGCUACACCAUUGUGGCGCGGAACCGAAGGGGCUCUGCUCAGCACAGUGUCAUACUCCGUGUCCUAGAUUGCCCCCAGCCUCCUGCAUCCUGUCCCGUCAUUUCCCAGCUCUCCUUGAGCUCCUUGGUCCUCUCCUGGUCGGGACCUUGCUACGACGGGGGCAGUGCUGUCACUGGCUACGUGGUGGAGGUGAGGAAAGAAGGCCCUGGGGAGCCUGGGGACUGGAGUGAAGUGACCGGACAGUGCAGGAGCACCUCGUAUCGGGUUCGUUCUGGCUUGGAGCCCCUGGGGGAGUACCGUUUCCGAGUGAGGGCGUACAACACCGUUGGAGUCAGUGAACCCAGCCUGGUGUCAGACAUCAUCAAGAUGGACACAGAAGGAGAGACUCCAGAAGACCCACAGACCUAUGUAGAUGUCACCAUCAACACCACCAACAAAGUGAGGGACCACUACGAUGUGCACGAGAAGCUUGGAGUAGGGAAGUUCGGGCAGGUGUUCCGGAUGACACACAAGCAGACUGGCAGGGUGUGUGCUGGGAAAUUCUACAAGGCCCGUGGAUCCAAGGACAAGGCGGCAGCACGCAGAGAGAUUGAGCUGAUGAACUACCUCCACCACCCCAAGCUGGUGCAGUGCCUGGCAGCCUAUGACUGCCGCUCUGAGAUCGUCAUGGUGAUGGAGUACAUUGCGGGCGGGGAGCUGUUUGAGCGCAUCGUGGACGAUAAUUUUGAGCACACAGAGCCCACUAGUGUGCGGUACAUGCAGCAGAUCCUGGAGGGAGUCCAGUACAUGCACCAGCAGAGCAUCGUGCACCUGGACCUCAAACCUGAGAACAUUGUGUGCGUCAAUACCACCGGCACCCAUAUCAAGAUCAUUGACUUUGGUCUGGCCAGCAGACUGGACCCAAAUACUCCCCUUAAGGUGAUGCAGGGGACUCCAGAAUUCGUGGCCCCAGAGGUCAUCAGCUUUGAGCCAGUGGGUCUAGCAUCAGACAUGUGGAGCAUUGGAGUCAUCUGCUACAUCCUCCUGAGUGGUGAGUCACCCUUCCAGGGUGACAACGAUGAUGAGACUCUGGCGCUGGUGACUGCAGCACAGUGGGAGUUUGAUGAGGAGAGCUUUGAGGAGAUCACUGACCAGGCAAAGGACUUCAUCAGCGGUCUGCUCAAGAAAAAUAUGAGAUGCAGGCUGUCUUGUGAAGGUGCGCUGGCUCACCCUUGGAUGGCGACUUUUGUUACAGCAGACCCCCGUGCCACCAAGUGUCUGUCCAAGGAGAAGAUGAAGAAGUUCCUGGCAAGGCAGAAGUGGAAGAAAACAGGGAAGGCUCUGUUGGCACUCAAGAGGAUGGCUCUUCUGUCCAACAAAUCUGAUGGGUUUGACUCCCCCACCAGCCCUGGAGAGGACUCACCCUUGAGCCCAGAGGCCGAGCAUGCUCUGAAGUCCCUAGAGAAGCAGCUGCAGAGUGAGCCAUGCUUCUCUCAGAUCCUGAAGGACCUGACCCAGCCCGAGGGUGCGACUGUCCACCUUACCUGCAACAUACAGGGGUACCCUGACCCGGAGGUCGUGUGGCAGAAGGGGGAAGAGCCUGUGGAGGAGUCGCCCCGCGUGCAGAUUGAGUACGAAGAGGAUGGCCGCUGCACCUUAGUGUUGUCCAGUGUGAGACAGGAAGACUCUGGGAUAUAUACCUGCAGGGCCACCAACAGGCUGGGGGAGGCACUGUGCUCAUGCAAACUCACAGUAGAAAUGUAGACAAGCUGGGUUGUUUUAGAAAUGAGGGUGCAGGUACACAGUCAGGUGCGCUCACAGCUAUGCUAAUUAUUACCACACAUAUUUCAAGCAUUCUAGUGUAGCUCAACUCAUCUUUUAUUUUUACACAAAUAAAAGAGGAUGGUAACACAUGGUCAUUGUUGCACAACCAGCCAUUUGAUUUCCUAGCAUUCUUUUCUUCAAAACUCUGUCCAUGGGGUGGAGUUCAUUCCACCACAGGAGCUACAACAAAGUGCAAUUUAGCAAACUCUAGUCUCUCAUUGUUUUGUCAGUAUCAUUUGCUAAAUAGGAAUGUCUUAAAUUGUGAACAGUGGGGUCCUCCAUCAAACUGAGACACAGAGUACUCACAGGUUAUCACAGGUCACAUUUACUUGGUGUUUAAGAAGCACUGGAGUUAUUCGUUUGGCCUUAUAAAUGCCAUUAAAAAAUAUUCAUCACAUUUAUCUUAUGGGAAUGGAUUCACUUUCACAUUCAAUUUUCCCUGUUGGAGACCUACAGUGCACGUUUACAAGCAUAUUUACAUAGCUCUUUAUUUUUCACCCUCUGUUGACAUAAGAUCUGAUGCAAGACUUCUUUUCUAGCAGGCUCUAUGUGUUAU